AUGGCCGUCUCAGGUUUCGAAGGGUUCGAGAAACGAUUGGAGCUCCAUUUCUUCGGCGAUGAUCCCGCCAUCUUCCCACUUGGUCUAAGGAAGCUUGACUUUGAAUCACUAGAACAAGUCCUUGAAGCUGUCCAAUGCACUGUCGUUUCAGCAGUUGGAAACUCCUACUUCGAUGCCUACGUGCUAUCAGAAUCAAGCCUCUUUGUUUACCCAACAAAGAUCAUCAUCAAAACAUGUGGCACAACCCAGCUUCUGAAAUCCAUCCUUCCUUUGAUCCACUACGCCCACCACUUAGGCCUCACCCUCUCCUCUUGCCGCUACACCAGAGGAAGCUUCAUCUUCCCCAAGUCACAACCUUUCCCUCACACCAGCUUUAAGGACGAGGUCACCUACUUGCAGGACACAAUCCCUUCAAACCUCUGCUUCAGAAAAGCCUCCAUCAUGCCCUCAAAAUCUUCCUCUCACUCUUGGCACGUCUUCACUGCCAAUGAUAGCGCACACACUCUCCCCCACAUGCCCUAUGAUCAUGACAAUGAGUUACUAUUCACCAUGGAGAUCUGCAUGACCGAGCUGGACCCCAUCCUCGCCCGCAAGUUUUUCCGGCGACCGGAGGACGGAAGAUCCGGCGAUUCUGCCGGAAAGGAGAUGACGAAGCUCACCGGGAUCAACGAAAUCAACCCGGAGGCACUUAUUUGCGACUUCGCGUUCGACCCGUGUGGGUAUUCCAUGAAUGGCAUGGACGGGGAUUGGUACUCCACCAUCCACGUCACUCCGGAGGACGGUUUCAGCUACGCCAGCUUCGAGUGUGUGGGCUCCGUCAACGACAGCAUAGCCCACGUGUUGAGGAAGGUGGUUCAGAUUUUCCGUCCUGGCACUAUGUCCAUAUCCACCACGUGCAAUGGCUUCAGCAACGACAUGUGGACGCAGAUGGCAAGUGCGGUGGAGCCUCUGGGCAUGAAAUGUCGGAGCUUCGCAAUGGACCAGUUCCCCGCCGCCGGCACCGUCGUUUUUCAAACAUUCACUGCUCGCCGGAAAAGUGUUUAA